AGGGAGUCCUGUUGAUUUUUUAUACGAUGUUCUCUGAAUGCUAGUAUCUUUGGCCAUGUACAACCUUGGACGUAGUUGAUAUAUAGGCUGACUCAAGUUAAUAUGCAUUCACAUAUCCACAUAUCCAUCACAUACUACCAUAAACACUCUCCUUCUCCUAAUGUUGAGUGGAUGGAAUUAAUAGAGUCUCAAAUAAUGCUCCUCAUCUAUACACCCUCCGCCACCUUCGUUGCCCUCAUCCCUGUCCAGUCAUUGCUGCCCCUAACUGACCUUCGUUGGCCUCCCACUUUGUUCUGAAAAUACAGUGACCC